CAGUCUAAAAUUGAAAACGAUAAAAAACACACAUCAAUAUGAAUAAGUUGCAAUGUUAGCACGAGUCGAACCACGGAAUACCGAGUAUAUUUCUCGUUAUUUUGAUUGCGAAACCCCGCUGUUGGCUUAUCAUGUGAAUUUAUGCAUUUUGCCUCUAUAAAAAUUCUCUAAAUCGAAAUUCGCUGCAAGUUUAACAUCAUUUUUGUGCAAUGAAAUGUGGCAGUAUAUAGUACUGUUGGUGUGUGUCAUGGGCACAUUAUGUCGGGAUGAUGCUCGACGACAUAAUAUAGAUUCAGAUCUUGUACUCAAUUUACGAGAUGAUGCCAAUCUGGAUCUCUCAACAGACUAUGAGUAUGAAGACUUGAGAGCUGAAUUACUGGCGUCGCAUACGGUGCUCGCGAAGCUGGUGGAAAGUGAUGAAGAACGACGUCGCUCGCAGAAAGUUAAUCAAAAUGCGCGGAGAAUGUGGGAUACUCCGUGUUGGAACCGAAGCGGAAUUUGCGUAAGCCUCGACCUGUGUACCGGAUUCAACUACUUAACCGAAAUACCAGGAUGUAAGGAAAAACUCAAAGUAUGCUGUUUCGUUUGGAAUCAGUUUCACGUCAGAGAUAUGAGGGAAUUCGGUCUCAGUAACAUUGCUAUGCCUUGGUCCCUGCAUGAAGAAUUUGGUGGAGAUGGCGUUGUAGCGAUCGAUAGACCUAGCGUACAAAAGAAGACUCGAAGACCGAAAAACAGAAAGAAGUUAAGAAAGGAAAAUUUUACAGAACACUUGGAAAAUAAAGCCAUUGAGUUAUUAUUGCGAUAUGAUAAUAAACCAGAAUUAAAUUAAGGGACUAAU